ACUCUUCUUUAGUAAACAUUAAAAAAUAACCUUUUUGUAAGUUAGCUUGUAAGAUUUUAUGUUUAUUUUUAUUUGGAAAACCUACAGUGAAAAGUUUUCUUUUAAUUUCGAACAGGUUUUGUGUGUAGUACAAAUAUCUUGUAAUACCUAGGAACUUGCUAGAAGAAUGAUUUCUAACUUACAGUUUAUAAGAACACUAAGCAAGUUAAUACGGCUACAACAAUGCGGAAUCAAUACAACAGCAGUAGUCAAUGAAAAUCAAAAAACAGAAAAGACAAUAAAUCAAGUAACACUAUUGGGGAGAGUUGGUGCUGAUCCACAAAAACGUGGGUCAGAGGAGCAUCCUGUGGUAAAUUUCCCCCUUGCAACCCAUUUUAGUUACAAGUAUGAGUCAGGAGACAUACUACAAAGGACUGAUUGGCAUAGAGUAAGCAUUUUUAAGCCAGGGCUACGUGAUACAGUUUACAAAUACCUAAAAAAAGGCCAAAGAGUUUAUGUCACAGGAAAACUAUCAUAUGGAGAAGUGAAAUUAGAUGAUGGACAAGUAAGAUCUGCCUCAACUGUAAUAGCAGAUGAUGUUAUAUUCUUCCAAAACCCUCCAUCAGAAAAUUGAAAAGAAUGAGUUAUAAAUUUGAGUUAUUUUAAGUGAAAUAAAAAUUAUCGCAUACUUGUAAAACAACUUAUAGUUUAAAUAAUGUUACUUAGUAACAAUCUAUGAAUAUUUCAUAACCUUAAAGUUCCAACAAAUUCCUACUGUUUGGCAAAUAGUUUGUAAGAAUCUACAACAACAAAAAAACCUUAUUAAAUUUUGAAUAGUUUAUUAGUAUAAGCUAUCUUAUACUCUCUCUCUUGAAAAGCAGAUAUUCUAUUUUUAAAUUGUCAUAAGAAGUAUUUGGUUCAGUUUUAUACAAGUUGAACCUUCCAUAAUUAUAAAAUAAUGUGUGAGUUACUAUUUAAUAAAUUUCUAAAAUUUUAAUUUGUAAGUAUUCUCACAAUUAUGCCAAUUUUUAUUAUAAUGACAUAAGUACCUAGUCAAAAACUGGCAUGUUAGUUACAAUAUUGAAUAUUGUGAAAUAUAAGUAUUUAUAACCUAUAUAUCAAAAUUUACAACAGUCAAAAUUCAACACUCUUAAAACAUUCAGUAUAAACAAAUAUGUAUAUUUUCUUUGAUACAGAAACAAAAACAUCAAUCUUACCUAACAAUAAUUACAUACACUAUAGUUAUGUAUUCUAUAGUAAAAAUAGAAUAUCAUCAUCAUGACAGUUGGAAUAUUGGUUUUCUGUGGUCUAUAAGAUAUUGUAUAUAAAAAGAAAAAUAUUGUAAUUUUUGGCUUCAGUAACAAUAAAAGCAGUUAAUAUGUAAUAUAAAAUAAAAGUUUUUGUGAAC